AUGCGAGCACUCUACCGCGUCUUUGUCCAGCCAGCUCUGUUAGCACGCACACGACCGAUAGCCCAAACACUUACACCUCUCAACACCCGCGCCUUCAGCCUGACACCUCUACGAGCAGCAGCAGGAAAGCGACUCCCAGAAAAGCGCAAACAUUUGUGGAACGAAGAAAUUCCCGCUCGGCGCAUCCAAAUAGUCGACCCAGAGACAGACGCACUCCAGCCACCCGUACGCCUUCGAGACGUCCUGGCCAAGCUCGACAAGAACCUGUUCCGUCUUGUUUGCGUCACGCAGCCGCCGACAGGAGAUUGGGAGGAAGAAUGGAUACCCGUGUGCAAGAUAGAGGACAAGAAGGCUGCUUAUGAAGCUGAGAAAGAGAAGAAAAAGGUCAAGCAGCAGAAGAUGGCUGCCGAGGGCACAAAGACGCUGGAGUUGAAUUGGGCUAUUGAUGCGAAUGAUCUGGGGCACAGGAUGAAGAGGAUGCAAGAGUUUUUGGGCCAGGGCAAGAAGGUCGAGAUUAUCUUGGCUAGAAAGAAGGGCGGAAGGAAGGCUACCCCUGACGAGUGCGAGGCGCUGUUGCAGAAGAUCAACGAGGCUGCCGAGACCGUCAAAGGAACAAAGGAAAUCAAAAAGUUCGAGGGCAAGUUGGCUGGUACGGGCAACCUGACGUACGAAGGUCCCAAGCCCUGA